AUGGUUCAUACUGGGGGAGCAGAGGACUGCAAAGACAGUUUGGAUGACUUCCAAGAAAAGAUAUGGCACCUCUUGAUUCUGCAAUCUAUUUUGGCCAUUGCUGGGAAUGGCUUUGCCAUCUACCGCUUCGUGGUUCGGGAACGCCCCUGGCAUACUGGCAUCGUCUACUCCUUCAACCUGGCUGUUAGCGACCUGCUUUAUGCAUUCUCCUUGCUGCCCUUAGCAUUUUAUUAUCAGCCACCCAAAGACUGGAAAUAUGGCUCCGUUUUCUGUGUGCUGGACCGUUUCGUCUUCUUCUGCAACCUUUACGGCAGCACCUUUUUCGUUGCCUGCAUCAGCCUGAACCGCUAUGUGGCCGUUGUUCACCCCUUCUUUGCCCAUGGCCGAAUCGAGCCCCGCCAUGCCAAGCUCCUUAGUGGGGCAGUGUGGUUGCUGGUGGUGGUCAUCUCAGCGCCUGUCCUCAGCUUUUCCAAACUGGAAAAGAGUAAAAAUAACACCGUAACCUAUUGUCUAGGAAGUGCCUCAAAACCAGAACUGCCCAGCUACUUGCCCUAUAGCUGGUUCCUAGCGGCUUUUGGGUGCGGGCUGCCAUUCAUCCUGACCACCUUUUCCUGCGUGGCCAUCACCUGCACGGUCGUCCGCAACUGUAACAUCACAGCGGAGGAGAAAUCCAAGGUGAAAACACUGGUUUCUGUCGUGGUGGUCCUCUACGCCCUUUUCUACUUGCCCUUUCAUGUCUUACGCAACCUGAACCUUUACUCCCGCAACCACGGAAGGUGUGAUGAGCUUCUCUACAACUUCUACCAGGUGACCAAGAUCUUGGUCAAUUUCCACAUUUGCAUCCAUCCAUUGGUCUAUGCUUCCCUGACCAACUGCAUGCAGGAAUACUUUGGCAGAUAUUUUCCACGGUGCAAAGGUGUGCGAGAGAAGAGCGUGGAAUGGAAAAUGUACACCCAGCCCUCUUCUCUGUGCCUCCAGGACCAGAGCUGAUUUUGCUUCCGGCAGGCCUGACUGUUUAUUGACAAUCCCUUUGCUGCAAUGUGGUGAGGCUUUGCAAUGAACUGGAUCCCUACUAAAGGAGAGGUUU